AUGAAGGGCUUGAUUGCUCUUUCACUGGCAGCCGUCGCCUCAGCGGCGCCUGCUUUCAACACGGAGACCAUCCACGGCGAUGCUGCUCCCGUUCUGUCGUCUGCGAACGCCGAGGAGGUGCCAGGUGCAUACAUCAUCAAGUUCAAGGACCACGUCGACGAGAAGACCGCCAAUGACCACCACUCGUGGGUCAAGAACAUCCAUGACUCCUGGGUGAAGACGUUCCCCGAGAACAAGGACGAGCGCAUCCUGGAGCUGCGCAAGCGUGGCCUUGGCCUGUCGCUGGCCGACGAUGUUUUCCGUGGCGUCAAGCACACCUACAAGAUCGGCAGCGGCUUCGUCGGCUACGCUGGUCACUUCGAUGACUCCAUCAUCGAGCAGGUCCGCCGGCAUCCUGACGUUGAGUACAUCCACCGGGACACUGUCGUCCACACAAUGAAGUACCAGGAGAUUGAGGUCACCAAGUCUGGCUGCUCUCCCGAGACCGAGAAGGGAGCCCCCUGGGGUCUGGCCCGUGUGUCCCACCGCAAGUCGCUGAAUUUUGGUACCUUCAACAAGUACCUGUACGCCGAGGAGGGCGGUGAGGGCGUUGACGCCUACGUUAUUGACACCGGCACCAACGUCGAUCACGUCGACUUCGACGGCCGUGCCCACUGGGGCAAGACCAUCCCCCAGGGUGACGAGGAUGUCGACGGCAACGGCCACGGUACUCACUGCUCUGGCACCAUUGCCGGCAAGAAGUACGGUGUCGCCAAGAAGGCCAAUGUGUACGCCGUCAAGGUGCUCAAGUCUAACGGCUCUGGCACCAUGUCCGACGUCAUUGCCGGCGUCGAGUUCGCUGCUCAGCGCCACAUUGAGCAGGUUGCCGCUGCCAAGAAGGGCAAGCGCAAGGGCUUCAAGGGCUCUGUCGCGAACAUGUCGCUGGGCGGUGGCAAGACCACUCCCCUCGACGCUGCCGUGAACGCUGCUGUCAACGCCGGUCUGCACUUUGCUGUUGCCGCCGGCAACGACAACGCCGACGCCUGCAACUACUCCCCCGCUGCUGCUGCCAACGCCGUCACCGUCGGUGCCUCGGCCAUUGAUGACAGCCGCGCCUACUUCUCCAACUUCGGCAAGUGCACCGACGUCUUUGCCCCUGGCCUGAACAUCCAGUCCACCUGGAUUGGCAGCAAGACUGCUAUCAACACCAUCUCGGGUACCUCGAUGGCGUCGCCCCACGUUGCCGGUCUCCUGGCCUACUACCUGUCUCUGCAGCCUGACACCGACUCCGAGUACUCCGUUGCGCCCAUCACCCCCGCAAAGCUCAAGUCGAACCUGCUUGCUGUUUCGACUGUCGGCACUCUGACCGACAUCCCCGCUGACACGCCCAACCUGCUCAUCUGGAACGGUGGCGGAUGCAGCAACUACACGUCCAUUGUCGAGGAGGGUGCUUACGAUGCGACUGCCGACAAGGUCCCCGAGAAGUCCGCUUCCGGCGUCGUACUUGACUCCGUCUCCGAGCUGGAGAAGGCCAUUGAGGCAGACCUUGAGAUCCUCUCCGGCAAGGUUGUCGGCAGCGCUUCGGCUUUCGGUCGCAAGGCUCACAAGUUCUCUGAGAAGAUCCACGAGCUGGUCGACGAGGAGCUGAAGGAGUUCUUCGAGGAGCUGAAGCAGUAA